AGCUACCGACUAGGAUUAUCCAACCGGUUGUCGAACGGUCUGUCCGGAUACACUAUCCGGGCCGAAGAUCGGCGCAUCGGGCGGCAGGCAUGAGCGACGAGGAAGAGUACGAGUUCGAGUACAGCGACGAAGAUGACAUGGGCGACGUCCAGGACGAGGAGUCGGUCGAGGUCCGCCUAGAGAACCAGUACUACGUGGCGAAGGGUCUCAAGGAGGACUGCGCGCCGGCGGACGACGGCCUCGCGGUGGACGCGGCCUUCGCCGAGGUGCUGGCGCUCGACGACGACGGCGAAAGCAUCUGGGGCUUCCGCGCGCUCAAGCAGCUCAUCAAGUGGCAGCUCCGGCGCCACCGGCUCGAGGCGGCCAUGGGCCACUACGAAGCGCUGCUCAAGCGCAUCUCGACGUCCGCGACCAUCACGCGCAACAUGGGUGAGAAGGGCGUUAAUGGCAUCCUCGACUUUGUCUCCAACACGCCGCAUGCUAGCAGCACCGCAGCGUCGUCCGGUGCGCUUCGCCGAUCGAUAGCCCCUGGCGAUCCACCUCGUCUUCGACUAGUAGAUGACACGAGCUGGUCGAUCCUCCAACAGUUCUACGAGAAGACGCUCGAGACGCUCCAGAAGAAGGAAACGCGCAACGAGCGCCUCUGGUUCAAGACGAACCUCAAGCUCGGGAAUGUGCUCUUUGAGCAGAUCGAGGCUGCGCCGGACGCGGCCAAGCACCUCCGCCUCUUCCAGAUUGUCAAGGAGCUCCUCGCGUCCUGCGACGCCCUCGACACGGACGUGGACGACGAGAACGGGCCGAAUCUCAACGUCAAAAAAGACUCGCAGCUCCUCGAGGUGUAUGCCCUUCAGAUUCAGCUCUACACAGCGCAGAAGGACAACAAGAAGCUCGACGAGCUGUACGAGAAGGCGCUGCGCGUCAAGCCCGGCGUCGCCCACCCGCGCAUCAUUGGCGUCAUCCGCGAGUGCGGCGGGAAGAUGCACAUGAUGCAGGAGGCGUGGGACUUGGCGCGAAGCGACUUUUUCGAGGGCUUCAAGAGCUACGACGAGGCUGGUGAGCCGCGCCGUCUCCAGUGCCUCAAGUAUCUUGUGCUGGCCAACAUGCUCAGCGACUCGAAGAUCAACGUGUUUGACUCGCAAGAGGCCAAGCCAUACGAGAACGACAAGGCGAUCUCGGCCAUGACCGAGCUCACGGACGCCUUCUUGCACAACGACAUUCGCGCGUUCGAAUCGAUUCUCAAGCGCCAUCAUGACAACAUUAUGGGAGACGGCUUCUUGAAGCAGUACAUUACGAACCUCCUCAAGACCAUCCGCAGCAAGGUCUUGCUCAAGCUCGUCAAACCGUACCAGAUGGUCCAUCUCUCCCACUUGGCCGCGGAGCUCAACGGCAUCUCGGAGCGCGACGUUGAAGAGCUCUGCGCGUCGCUCAUCUUGGAAGGUCGCCUCGUCGGUCAAAUCGACCAGAUCCAGGGCCGCCUAGUGCUACCGCGACGCAAGGCCGAAAGCACCAAAACGUACAUGGCGCUCGACGACUGGAGUAGCAAGCUCGACAAGCUCCGAGGACUUCUGAACCAAAAACAAGUCGACUAAGCGCGGACUAUCGAUAUCCCGUACGAGUCGACUAAGUAUCCAUACCAACACGACCAUUUUGUUCUAUAAACGCUA